AUGCAACAAGAGGAAUAUCCCCAGAAAAAUGCAUUGACUGAAACAAUUAUGAGUGAAGUGCCUCUGCUACAAAUCGAAAGAUCGUCCAUGAAAGUUGACACUGAUAAAUUAACACAAGUGUGUUCUAUUUGUGGAUUAACAUCUACAAAGUCCAGGUCUGGUCUGCGUCUUGAUGCCAAAAUGAUACGACCGUGUUUUUGCGACACCAACUGUCACCACGGUUGUUUAGUCGACCGCAUACAAUUAUCACGACUCUGCGAAGUAUGUGGCGCUUCGUACCGUUAUCAAGAAUAUGGGUCACUGCGAGAUUUUUUCAUGAGAUAUUGGUGUCAGUACUCAUGUUCCUUCGUAGUGCUGCUCAUACUGUUUGGUUUAGCAGCUCUUAGCAUUACGCAGGCUUUGAAGGAUCCGGUUCCGUCUUCUUUGAGCAAGCUGUCCGUUUUGAUUAUCGGCGUGGUAUUAUUCGGUGUGUGUUUGGCCCUUUUGUGGAUGUGCGUAAAAUAUACCGUAAUGCGAAGGAUUCCACGUUUUCAAGCACGCUAUGGACAGAUCACUGUGUUUGACUACGAACCUAGUUUGAGAAACACGACACAGAUCCGUCGUAAUUCUGCGGGUGAAUCGAAACGUUUGGUUCAGGAGCGAGAUGGAGAUAUUUCCACUGGAAAAUGCCUUCCAGGAUCUGAACUGCCUGAGACGGUAACAGUGAAGAAAAAGGAUAGUGAAUAA